CCAUUCUAAACUCUUUUUUAAAUUAUUUUUAUUAUUUUUAUUUUACCAGUUUAGGAGAUAUUAAAACUUAGAUGCUUUUGGGAAAACCCAUUCUAAAAUGACUCCUAUCAGCACUGCUGUUAGUUAGAGGUGACCAUUUGUGUAGUGGGUGUGCGUGUCUCUGAGAGUGUGUGAAAGAGUGUGUAUAAAACUAACCACAUCACAGGGCCUGUAGAGAAGAACCUCAAAGCUCCUCCUAGUUCCUCCACUGACCGUCAGACAGCAGCACAUUCUCACCACACACAGCAUCGCUCAGCACACUGUCCAUCCUCAUGCUCUGGCUGAAGCGGCGGCGGUGCCUGGAUUGAAGAUUCUUGUGAAAAUAAAACACACUUAUGGUUUUGCAGAGAGCGCACUGUGCUCUUGGUCACCCUGUGAACACCAUGAGUCCGACCCUGUGCUUCAUCACUCUCGGAUUAUUGGGUUCUGCAGCAGCAACUGGAGACUGCGGCUCAUGCUACCAGAUCAACAUGGGGCUCGUGAUCGGCAUCGUUACCUGUGAUAUAAUAGUCACACUUUUAAUCGCUGUCGCAGUUUACUGCUUUGCAACACGGCAAAAAAAGAAGAGCAGAUUACACACACGCGCCAACUCCUGUGAUCCAGGCAAAGGGAAAUUCCGCCAGUCCUCAACUAAGCCGAAGGAGGUUGAAAUUACAGAAUCACCGUAUCAGGAGCUAUACGGGGUACAGUCGGACGUAUACAAUGAUCUUCGACAGUACAGGAAAUAAGACGUGUGAUGGUGAAAGGGUGUGAAAUGCAAGCUGAGAAGACGUUCAUGUUUGUUGAUCCUUUGAUUUACCCCCGGUAUUGUAUUUGUGUAUUGGUUCCAAAGUAUGUCACUUUAAAUCUUUAAAAAAAAAGAACUAUAAUGCACAAGUAUUAUAAUGCAAUGAUAUGCUAUAACUAGAUCUACUGUAAUAGCGGUGGACUGUUAAAAACACAUAAAAUAUAGAUUUUAUCUGUUAUUUUAACAUUUUUCAGUAUGAUAAUACUGUUAUUUAAUGAAUAGUUAGGCAGGUUCUCUGUAAAUGAUCUUUGUUUUGAUUCUGUAUUACACUAUACACAUUAUGUAUUAUAUGUUAUGUAAUUAUUGCAC